GCUCCGAUUACAUUGUAAUUAUUCAAAUAAAGACCAAACUCCUUUUUCUUAGUUAUUUAAAGUCCCCGAGCAUUCAGAGAACCCACCUGGUUUCCCUUCGCUUAAUUUCUUGUUAAGUGAGAAUGCACGGGUUGCUCUCUUGCUUCGGCCAGCCUCUCGGGCCUGUGUCCGGUGAUCCCGCGGAGGCUUUUAAGGACGUGUUCUUAAGGUACUCCGACAACGGGCUCAUGGGCACGGACCAGCUACGGCGGUUUUUAAUGGAAGUCCAAGGUGAUGAACUUGAAGGUGUAGGUUCUCAAGAUUUGGGGUUCAAAUGUUUCCAAGGGGGAGGACUUGAUCUUGACGCUUUCUUUCGAUACCUCUCGAGCGAUGAUAAUCCUCCUCUUGAUCCAUCUCUUGGAGUUCAUCAAGACAUGAAUGCUCCAUUGUCUCAUUACUUCAUAUAUACAGGUCAUAACUCCUAUUUAACUGGCAACCAACUUAGUAGUGAAUCUAGUGAUGUCCCUAUAAUCAAAGCAUUGCAAAGAGGCGUCAGAGUUAUUGAACUUGACUUGUGGCCAAAUUCUUCAAAAACUGAUGCUGAAGUUCGUCAUGGCAGGACACUAACAACUCCUGUGGUACUUAGCAAAUGCUUGAAGUCCAUCAAAGAACAUGCCUUUGAUGUGUCUCCAUAUCCAGUUAUUAUUACACUAGAGGAUCACUUAACUUCAAAUCUUCAGGCUAAAGUAGCAGAGAUGCUCAAGGAAACUUUUGGAGAUUUGUUAUUUUAUCCAUCAACUGAAUUUUUAGACGAGUUUCCUUCACCCGAAGAUUUAAAGUAUCGGGUCUUAAUCUCAACUAAAACCCCAAAAGAACUCCUUGAAUCAAAGAGCAUUAACGAAAACUACAGGGAAUUGCAAAAGGAAACUAAAGAGGUUGAGCAUUAUCACAGUGAGCAUUAUCAGAAAGAGGAAGAACACGAUGCCAAUAAUCAAUCUCCUAACCACCCAAUUGCACAUGAAUACAAGCAUUUAAUAUCUAUCGCUUCUCGAAAAGGAAAAGGAGAACUUAUCAAUUGGUUGAAAGGAAAUGUGAAUAAAGUCACUCGUCUAAGCUUAAAUGAACUAUUAUUUGAGAAGCUCGUAGCUUCUCACGGACCAGAACUUAUUAGGUUCACUCAAAAGAACAUAUUAAGAAUUUAUCCAAAAGGUACACGCAUCACCUCCUCCAACUACAAUCCAUUACCUGGUUUGAUGUAUGGUGCUCAGAUGGUUGCAUUAAAUAUGCAGGGAUAUGGAAGGUCAUUGUGGUUGAUGCACGGAUUCUUUAGAGCCAAUGGAGGAUGUGGUUACAUUAAGAAACCUGAUUUCUUGCUAAAAACCUGUCCACAUAGUAUGGUCUUUGAUCCUUUGGCAACUUCACCGGUGAAGAAAACCAUGAAGAUCAAAGUUUACCAUGGCAAUGGGUGGCUUUGGGACUCAAAAAAGACCCACUUUAGUUUAUAUUCACCACCAGUGUUUUAUACAAAGGUAAGAAAUAUCAGAUUCUUAUAUGAACUGAUAAUUACUUUUCAUAUCUAAGUUCAGAAAUAUAUAUAUUCACGAUAUGUUCAUAAUUUAUGCCAGUAUCUCAAUAUCAAUUAAAUUGCUACAUAAUCCGUGGAUAAAAGUUGGAAUCUUCCAUUUUUUACUGAAUAGAAACAGCUGUAC